AUGGGAGAAUACCAAUGCGCGAUGCAUGAAGAAUGCGUUGUGCUGAAUCCCGGCGAUACCCUCGGCGAGCCAUUUCUCUUCGUCUUCGAAUCUCUCUGCAAUCAUUGCUCUUCCGAUUGGGCAAGAUCGCUCGUCCACAGUUACAGGUUAAAACCCACCACCACGCUGAGAGUUAAAGUUGGAGCUUCACUGGUCAUUUUGGUCGUCCAACUCAGUUCAUCAUUUGAGAGGCCCCCAAAGAAGUCCAAGAUCUUUAUGGUUGACCUCUAUUGCUCUCAAGAAGCUCAAGUGAAAAAGGUGAUCAAGGGUAUUGUGGUGGCGUGCGAGUGCCAAUCGCGAUGGUUAGGGAGGAGAGGUGACGACGAUGAUGGCGGUUUUGGUGCGGGGGAGGAAAGGGUUCGUGAUUUUGGGGGAAAAAGGUUAGUGGUCUGGUUCACGAUUCGCGAUGGCCUCAUGAUGGUGGUACUGGUGGCCGGUUCCGAUGAGGGCAAAACGGAGGUGGUCGUGUGGGGGUUCCACCGGUGA